GUUCUCUUCUUCUACAUCCUCACCCUGAUUGUUCUAAGAUUAUUUGCUAUCUUAACUGGCAAAUUGUACAAGGCAGGAAGAUUAUGGUGAAACAUCUCUUUGAACAAAUGGCUAAUGAAGGAAAGAAUAAAUACUUUUUAAUUCAACAACUCCAUAAAGCACAGAAGCCAAAUGUUCUCGAUCAUGGAGUACCGCAAAGAACGUCACAGCGACAGAUUCAGUCUGUCAGUGAAGCCCCAGACACACAGCUUGUUAAUGAACCCAAACCACAGUUCCCUCAAAGUAGCGGUGCCUCCAGUUCCCUGGCAUUAGCUAUGAGGGCAAGGCAACAAGCAGAACUAGAAGAGGACUCCCCACCAAUGAACAGUAAAACA